ACUCCGCGGGACAGGCAGCAUUUCUGGCAAACAUUCUGAUUCAUAUGUUCUGCGAGCAGGAUAUGGCCAUGCUGCCUAACAACGACAAGUAUUGCCAAACAACGACAAGCAAAACGCUGGGCAGGGAGAGACGAAAGAAGGAGAUGUCAGCCAAGCUGAUUCAGUGCGAUACUUGCUGUAUGUGGGAGGUCAAGGACAUAACUGGUGCCACUGGCUGCUACAAAUGUGAGAAGUGCAUCCAGGUAGAGCUCCUGAAGGACCGUGUUGGGGAACUGGAGAAGCAAGUGGAUGACCUCAGGUUUGUCCGAAAAACGGAGCCGUUCCUCGACGAGUCCUACGGGAAGUGCGAGCGGGAAUGUCAGGAACAUCCCAUUGGAUCAGCGGCAUUCGCUGUCUCUCCGGCACGUGAAUGUCAUCGAUCGUCGAGCAUGGAGGAGGGACACGCCAGCACAUCGUCGCAGGAGGCCGGACACACGACGGUCCAAGCGUGGGAGGGAUUCACUGCGACUCCUGAUGUGUUGACCCGCCGGAGAGUUCACGACAUGGAGAAAUUAUUCAUCUGCUCCGACUGUGGGGAGGCGUUUGCUGGGACGUCCCAGCUGCUGAUCCACCAGCGGGUCCACACCGAUGAGAAGCCGAUCACCUGCAGCGAGUGCGGAAAGAGAUUCACCCAGUCAUCCAACGUGAUCACGCACCAGCAGGUCCACACCGGAGAGAGGCCCUUCACCUGCUCCGACUGCGAGAGGGGAUUCAACCAUGCUUCCCGCCUGGUGACCCACCAGCAAGUUCACACUGUGGAGAAAGCAUUUGCCUGUCCCGAUUGUGGGAAGGGAUUCUCUGAAGCAAGCCAGUUGAGGAGGCACCAGCGAACUCACACUGGGGAGAGGCCAUUUGUCUGCCCAGAGUGUGGGAAGGGGUUCAUUGCAUCAUUUCAGCUGCUGAGACACCAGAGAAUUCACACGGGGGAGAGGCCGUUUACCUGCUCUGAGUGUGGGAAGCGAUUCAUUGAAUCAUGUGCGUUACUGACACACCAGAGAAUUCACACCGGGGAGAGGCCGUUCACCUGCUCUGAGUGUGGGAAGGGGUUCAUUGGAUCAUUUCAGCUGCUGAGACACCAGAGAAUUCACACGGGGGACAGGCCGUUCACCUGCUCUGAGUGUGGAAAGAGAUUCAUUGAAUCAUCUGCGUUACUAUCACACCAGAGAAUUCACACCGGGGAGAGGCCGUACACCUGUACUGAGUGUGGGAAGGUGUUUGCUCAUUUAUCUUCAUUACUGAAACACCAGAGUAUUCACACCGGGGAGAGGCCAUUCAGCUGCUCUGAGUGUGGGAAGGGCUUUGCUCACUUUGAUCAGCUGAGAACCCACCAACGAGUGCACACUGGCGAGAAACCAUUUUCCUGUCCCGAUUGUGGCAAGGGAUUCACUCAAGCCGGCCAUCUGAGGAGGCACAGGCAAAUUCACACUAGUGAAAAAUUAUUCAUCUGCUCCGACUGUGGGAAGGCGUUUGCUCGGACGUCCCAGCUGCUGAUCCACCAGCGGGUCCACACCGGUGAGAGGCCGUUCACCUGCAACGAGUGCGGGAAGAGAUUCACCCAGUCGUCCAACCUGAUCACACACCAGCGGGUCCACACCGGAGAGAGGCCCUUCACCUGCUCCGAAUGCGGGAGGGGCUUCACUCUCUUGUCCAACUUGAGGACCCACCAACGGAUCCACACCGGGGAGAGACCCUUCAGCUGCUCCAUGUGCGGGAAGGCGUUCAUUCAGUCGUCGGAGCUGCUGACCCACCAGAGGGUCCACACGGGGGAGAGGCCGUUCACCUGCUCCGAGUGCGGCAAGGGCUUCACUCGGACGUCCCAGCUGCUGAUCCACCAGCGGGUCCACACGGGCGAGAGGCCGUUCUCCUGCGACGAGUGCGGGAAGAGGUUCACCCAGUCAUCCAACCUGAUCACCCACCAGCGGGUGCACACCGGCGAGAGGCCCUUCACCUGCUCCGACUGCGGGAAGGGCUUCACUCUGCUGCCCAACCUGAGGGCGCACCAGCGGAUCCACACCGGCGUCAGGCCCUUCACCUGCCCAGAGUGCGGCAAGGGCUUCACCCAGUCGUCAGAGCUGCUGACCCACCGGCGGACCCACACCGGCGAGAGGCCCUACACCUGCUCCGUGUGCGGCAAGGGCUUCACCCGCUCGUCCCAACUACUGGCACACCGACAGAUUCACACUGAGGAUGACGUUUAAAUUCAGCUUGUCUGUUCACCGUCGCUGAAUCCAGGUGAGCGACCGCAGGUGUUGGCCUCUGUGGUUACUGCUGAUGUUCGUCAAGGUGGCGCAGCAGCAGAGUUGCUGCCUUACAGCGAAUGCAACGCCAGAUAGCCGAGUUCCAUCCUGACUACGGGUGCUGUGUGUGCGGAGUUUCUACAUUCUCCCCGUGA